AGAGGGAAAAAAAAAAAAAAAAGUCUAGGCAAGCGCUGUUUCUUUAAAAAAACCGGAAAGAAAAACGGCCUCUCCAAUUCCAAACAUGCGUUUGCCCAUAAUCAUGUUGAUGCUCUUAUGCAUCUCGAAAACAGGAAUUUGCUCGAAAGCAGAUGAGUUUAAGGUAGAUGGAAAAGUGUUGGAGUUAGACGAAUCCAACUUUGACUCCGCUAUUUCCUCAUUCGAUUACAUCCUCGUUGACUUCUACGCCCCUUGGUGCGGCCACUGCAAACGCCUUUCACCCCAGUUAGAUGAGGCUGUUCCUGUUCUUGCAGCAUUGAAGGAGCCAAUAGUGAUAGCCAAAAUUAAUGCUGACAAGUUUACCCGUGUUGCUAGUAAAUAUGAUGUUGAUGCGUACCCUACCCUCAAGCUCUUUAUGCAUGGCGUUUCUAUGGAGUAUUACGGACCAAGGAAAGCAGACUUACUUGUUCAAUAUCUGAAGAAAUUUGUUGCUCCUGAUGUGACUAUUCUUAGUUCAGACACUGCCAUUCGUGAUUUUGUUGAAGCAGCUGGUACUUUCUUUCCUAUAUACAUAGGUUUUGGCUUGAAUGAGACAGUGAUAUCUAAUUUAGCUGUAAAGUACAAGAAAAAGGCAUGGUUUUGUGUGGCAAAGGAUUUCUCUGAUGAUGCCAUGGUGUUGUACGACUUUGACAAAGUUCCUGCUUUGGUAGCUCUUCAUCCAAGUUAUAAGCAGCAAAGCAUUUUUUAUGGCCCCUUUGAAGAUGAAUUUUUGGGGGAUUUUAUAAAACAGAAUCUGCUCCCUCUGGUGGUGCCCUUGAACCAUGAAACAUUGAAGCUAUUGAAAGAUGAGGAGAGGAAAAUUGUCCUGACAAUCACAGCUGAUGAGAAUGAAGACCAAUCACAGAACUUAAUCAAGUUACUUAAGGCUGCUGCAUCUGCAAAUCGUGACUUGGUAUUUGGUUAUGUUGGCGUUAAGCAGUGGGAAGACUUUGCUGAUAAAUUUGGGGCUAAUGAGAAGACAAAGUUACCAAAAAUGAUUGUCUGGAAUGGAGAUGAGGACUACUUUUCUGUUAUUGGUAUUGAAAGCCUUGAUAGCGAUGAUCAGGGUUCUGAAAUCUCACGAUUCUUGGAAGGAUAUAGAGAAGGAAGAACAGAAAGGAAGAGAGUUAAAGGGCCAUCAUUUAUGGGCUUUAUCAAUUCACUAAUUGGCAUCAGAAGUGUCUACAUAAUUGUCUUUAUUGUUGCAAUGAUGAUGCUUAUACAAAGUAUUGGUAAAGACGAUGAACCUCUUAGGGUUGGCAGCCGUGACGAGGUUGUUCGUAAUGAGAGCUCUGAUGCUGAAAGCAGUCAGUAUGGACCUGAGAAGAAAGAAGAUUAAAUUGAGGCAUCUUCCUGGUGGAAAUAUGGCAACUAAAAAAGAUGAGUUAGGGAAUAGAGUUGCAGAGGGGGAAAGAAAAUUGUUAAAAAUGCUCUGUUGAAACCAAUGAUCCCUGCUUUGUUGACAUGUAUUUCGAUAUGCUCACUGCACGGUGUCUUGUUUCAAGAAAUUAAGUAGUGAGGUGUAAUGGUUUGUGUUAUCAAGAUUCCUUUUCCUGAUAUUUUACA